AUGGCUUCUUCUCAAGUAGAAAUUGCCUCCUCUUCUCCAUUUGGUUAUGUUGUUAAUAAUAGAUGUUGUGUUACUACUAGUACUAGAGAUUCCAAUUCUUUCAAUAAAAAUUUCAAGAAUUUGGUUCAAUCCCACUUACAUUCUUGUAUUUCAAAUCGGAGGGAAUUUUUUCCCUCCUAUUGUUGUGAUAAUUCACAAAAAAACAAUGCUAAUUUAUUAACAGAAAUUGGUGGGAAAAAUCAAGAAAGUUGUAGUGUGGAAGUUUCAAAUGUUGGUGGGGGUGUUUCUUGUCUUGUUAGAAAAUGGAAAGAUUUCGAAACAGAAUCAAGAAACUUUGAUGAAUCUUGUUCUUCCAUUGUGAUAAAAAGUGAUUCAUUUGGUGAUAAAACGGAUAUCAGUAAAAAUUGUGAUGUUGAGGAUGUUAAAGAAAGUGAGAGGUUGGGAGUUGCUGAUAUUAUCAAGAAAUUGAAAUUUGAUACUGGUAAUAAUAAUCAUAGUAAUAAUAAUGUUGUUGUUGCUAUCGAUGGUGCAUUGUUGCCUUGUGUUAGGACAUCAAUAAAGGAUCAUUCGGAAGUUCAGAGGUGUAAUUUUUCACCGGUUCUGAGUUCACCUCGUUUCAUUAGGGGGCGUCAGGCGUUGAGUGAUUUGCUCUUGCAAAUGGAACGCGAUAGGAAGAGGGAACUCGAAGGUCUUGUAGAACGUAAGGUGGUUUCUAAGUUCCAACAAAGAGGCCGGAUUCAGUCAUUGCUUCGAGUUAGACUCAUACGACGUAGCGCAGAAGUUAGAGGAGGCAGCAGAUCAGUGAAUUGCUCAGCGUCUGAAUCAACUAAAUCGACACAUUCUGCAAUUAUGCAUCUCAGGGAAAAGUUCAAUACAGUAGGAAAUCAUGGUCUUGCUGUCUCAAGAAACACCUCAAAAGAAGUAGCAGAAAGCAUCCAUGAGAGCGGAAGCCUCCCUUCCACACCAAAUCGACAACAAAAAGAGAAUAGUUAUCGGGACUUCAAAGGCUUAAGAAGCUCCCAAAGAGAACUGGCUCGUAGUAACUCAGCGAAAGCAGGAACUGGAUUUUCAUUAUAUCAGCAGAGAGAAGAGGAUCCCCCUAAGGGGCUUGUGAAGGAGAGAGCAGGACUGCAGCCUGGUGUAGACGACUCAAUAAGUACCUCUGUAACGUUGGGAGAUAACACUCGAGACCCUAGCAUUUCUAAAAAAGAGAAUCAUCAUAAACCAAGAAGCCGCCAUAAAGAGGUAGUAGAUACCAAACCAAAAGUUGGAAAUAUUGGUAUAUCCAAUCAACUGCAAAAAGAGAAUCAUCAUGAGGAAGUACCGGAGCAAGUAAGCCCCAGGAAUGUGGCGACUAACUUACAUGUUAAAAACAUGUUGUCAUCACAUCAGCAGAGAGAAGGGGAUCAACAUAAGGAGCUUGUCAGGGAGAGAGCUGACAUGCAGCCUGGUACAGCAUUGGGAGAAAAGGCUCGAGACUCUUGCACAUCUAAAGAAGAGAGUAAUCAUAAACCAAGAAACAGCCAUAAAGAGGUUGUAGAUAACAUCCCAAAGGUUGGAGCUCUUAGUAUAUUCAAUCAACCGUGUGAAGAGAAUCAUUAUGAGGAAUUAUGUAAGAAAUUAAGCUUGAGAAAGGUGGCAACCAACAUACAGGUUACUCACUUGUCAGAAAAUCAGAAGGAGAUGGCAUGUAGUGCGAAAAAAUCAGAAGGUUCUUGUAUAUUAAAUCAACAUGACAUGAACCUUACCAGCUUACCGAGCUAUACUUCUCAAGCACAGAGCUUAGAUGACAUCCCUGAAAAAGUUAGUUGGGAAAACACAAGUUCUGAAGCUAGCCAUAGCAACUUAUUGGAUUUUGUAGAGUCAGGAAGACCUCCUAAGCAUAGAGGCACAAACAAGCAGCUUCCAGGGACUAGUGAUUGCACUAAUCCUCAAAGCGACCUGGAAGAGGAAUCAACCAACCAGUGUCUAGUUGGAAGUGACCGUGGCUUGGUAAGUGAUUAUUCCCUCACAGCUAGUGGAUGGGAUGAACUGCAGUCUAACUACCAGCGAGACAAUGAAGACUGGAUAAGUUAUAUUUCUCGUCCACGUAAAGAAUGGGAAGGUCUCAGGAAAGAAAGAUACCAAGAGAUGCUUGAUCCUUUCUCAGACAAUCAUGACAUACAACAACUUCUUCACAGAAAAAGUGUUUCAUCGUUUCUUAUGAGUGGUUUGAGAGAGAAAAUUGAUCGAAUUAUGGCAUCUCGCUCACAACAACUACCACAUGCAACGAGCAGCCAUGUUGAGAAAGAAGUAUCAGCACAAGUGGAUGAAGAUGAGGAGGAAAAAGUGGAACAGAAUGCAAGAAAAGAGGAGGAUGAGGUAGGAGAAGAAGAAGAAGAGGAAGAAUGGGGCUAUGACUAUGACUCCGAAGAUGACAACAGUCCUAGCAGACAACGAUACAAUGAACCUGAAGUAUUAAUUCUUCAGAACACAUCUUCACAGACUUUACAGUCAUGGAACACAAAUCCAUACCAGGAAGUCACUGAUGACUCUUAUCACUUCCCGUCUCCUUCUUCACUACAAUCUCAAUCGUCUAAUAUUUACUCCCAACCAUGUUCUUCCUCCACUGGACAUCCUUCGGCUGAAAUGGAACUCAUAUAUGAAAUGAGAGGACAUAUGGAGCAACUCCACCAAGAGAUUUUUGAAAUACGAAGAUCUAUGAAGAGUUGUAUGAACAUGCAAAUGAAAUUACAACAUUCGAUUAAGCAGGACGUUGCAGCUGCAAUAAGUCAGUUAGGUCAAAAGAGCAGGGGGAAUUCAGAUAACAAGGGUCCAAACAAAGGAAAAUGUUGUAUUUGCUGUGAGGAGCCAGUUGAUUCUCUUCUUUACAGAUGUGGACAUAUGUGCACCUGUUUCAUGUGUGCACAUGAAUUGAUUUCCGGUACUGGAAAAUGUCCGAUAUGCCAAGCUCCAAUAAUGGAUGUAGUGCGUGCAUAUGCUCAUUCAUGAUGUACAUGUGAACUGGAUUUUUUUCUGAAGGUCUUCCAGAAAACAACAAAAAAAGAUGUAGCUAUGCCUCAAUGCUGAGCAAGUUAAGGUCGGCUAUAUGAAUCUCCACUGUUCGGGUCACUGGCUAGUCUAGCAAUAUUAUGUAACACAUGCCUAGUCGAGCACAUCCUGGUGUAGACCAAUCAUUAUUUACUAGUUUAUGCUGUUUUUCAUCCUACUGCAACCCUCUUCCUUUAUUUGGAGUCGAGACCAGCAGUUGAGAGCAAGCUCACACAAGCAGAGUUCUGGAGGUUUGCCAAACGCCCUUUUUGUGCCAACGAAAGAUCAUGAGCGAAAUAUUUUUCUUAUUUUUGUUUCUUCUUAAUCAUGAAAUCUUUUCUGGCUAAUUUACUAUAUCUAAACCACGUUUAGAUUGACAGAUGAGCCGGUCUCCACUGGUUUCACUAACCAUCAUUUGUAUAUGAUAGGAAAAAGGAAAGAGAAGUUUCUUCUG